AUGGGGGUCGGAGCCGAAAAAGCCGGAAACCAUAAAGGUUUUCGACGAUGCUCUACACGAUGGUAUAACUUUUAUUUCGAACUUUUUACUCACAGUUCGAAAUGUUCCCUUCAAAUUGACCAAACAGAAAAUCUUCGAGAAGAUUGGUUUCAGCGAAAUGGACAAAUUUUAAUUUCAAUUUAUUGUAAAGGAGCGAUAAUUGAAGGAACUAAAAUUGACACAGAUGGACUUAAUUUAAAGGCUAAAAUUAAAUUUAAUUUUGGAGAUAAAGAAACCUUACGAGAAUAUGAACUUUUUGGUGAAAUUAUUCCUUCUGAGAGCAUGGUUUUGAUAAGUGAACGUAAAGUGGAGAUUGUGCUUAAACAGGUGAACAAAGAUGCUUGGCCAAGACUGACCUACAAGUGA